AUGGAGGCGUCAAGCUUGCUACCACAUGUGGACGAACUCGUGAUGGAGUAUCUUCUUUUCAGAGGCUUUACUAAGAGUUUUCAAGUCUUUAAUGCUGAACGCAAGCGUGAUCGCACGCGGGGUUUUGACGUCGACCAAAUCAUCUCACAUCUGCUACAAUCUAUCCAAAAUUACCAAGUUGAAACAGUAUUGGAGACUUGGAAGUUCUUAACGGCCAGAUUUUUUAAUCAUUUGGACGCAUCAUACGCAUUGACACUGCAGCAGCUAGAGACGUCGCUCCUCAGACUUUACGUGAUUAAUGCCGUUAAAAAUGGACAUCGAGAAAAGGCAGUUGAGUUUUUUCAAUUUUACGCUGACGAGCUGAAUACAUCUGUGGCAGUGCAAAGCAAUGGAGCGCAUUCGUGGAGCCGAUGGUUCAUCUUGCCGUACAUUGAACAUCCAGAAAGUGACGCGUACUUUCAGGUUUUCUUUGGCCAGUCAUGGCUUGAAGCCUUUGUCUCGUCGUUCCGUAACUUUUUGUCGCUAGUAUUUCGGAAUUUGCCGUUGCCCAAGCUGUUGGCUUUUCAGCUCGCUCGACUAGAAGAACCGACGUUGAAAUUAAGGCUCAAAGUCAGUCAAUCAGAAGCGGCGAGGCUGGGGUCAUACAACAACGAAGCGACAGCAAAGAUUAGGAAACUAGAGGCUGCAGGACGACAAUUGCAUGAGAUUCUUCGAGUCAUGGUGCAGCAUAGCUUUAUGGAGCACUUUUCGACUACCACCACGAAUCUUGGGGACGGAACGGGUGAUAGACAGAAGAAUAGGAGUCGCAGUCGUAGCUACGGUGCGAUGUCAGCAAGUGUUGGCCUUUCCAAUAAGCAAAUGAAGGAGAUUGGAGAACUUUUUGGAAUUCGUAGCGAAGGCAGUUCGCCUGCUCCUCUCGUGCUGCCGCGAGAUAACCCCCGAUUAGCAGAAGUUUAUCUUCCUGUAGGCGAGUUGAGUGACGACGAAGAAAUUGAAGAGGAUGGAGAAGUUGCUGAGGCACCCAUUUUGGAGGAGAGUGUUGAGGUGUCUCCGAUGUUUUCUCCUAUCACAACAGCUUCAACUGUAUUGGCUGAAAAGUUAUCAAUGUUAAACUCUAAUAUGACACCAUCCGAGUCUUCUUCUUGGUCUACCACUUGUCGUGAGUCGAAGAAGGAAAUGGACACGACAGCAUCUUUGGUCCGUGAGUUCAAAAUACUCAACGAUUGGAAACCGACUAAGGCUGCGACGACAACGAGAAGCCGUUUUUCCUCCGAUGGCCAGUUUCUUGCCAUUGCAAAACUCGGAAAUAUGCGAAUUGACAUUUGGAGUGCCGAUCCGAGAGCACUUUCACACACGUCGACAAUUCAGCUUCCAGCUAAAUUAAUUAGUUUAGAUUGGCUGGGUCCCGGACCAAGCAAGCAGCUCCUCGCAUGCACUCUUGAUCAUGGAGAAACGAUGCUGUGGGACGCCGAAGGACAACAUGUUAUUUCAUGUUCGCCAUACGAAAGCAAUUUGCAGAUUCAACAGCUUAAUUGUGCUCGGGAUGCGCCGAUUGCAGCUUGUUUGUUUACAAGUCGAGAUGUUCAAAACAACGCGUUUCAACAAGUCAUGGUACUGCACGGAGGCAUGGAUGAACCGAUACAAAAUUAUUUGUCAAUGAUGGAUAAACAGAUUACGUGUAUCACCUGGAGUAAUCAAGGCAAGGUGCUGAUUACUGGGAGUCGAACUGGUCACAUUGAGUUUAUUGAUGUAAUCCAUCCUGAGCGAAUUUAUCGCUACAACCUGAUUGCCUGCAAAGAAUAUUUUGGUAAUGGCAACUUGGCAGCGAUAUGCUUGUCUCCAGAUGAAAAGUCAAUGUUAAGCGUUCAUGCAGAUAGCGCUGUGGUGAUGGAAUGGUCAAUUGCUCCCAUAUUGGUAGCCGUGGCGUCACCAGAUGCAGCUUGUGAUGUCAAAGGAAGCGGUAGAAGUGUAGAGCCAGCGCUAACGCGCACGUAUGAAAUGAACAAGCCGUUGUCGUCAAUUCCUUCAAAAGUGGAAAGCACGAUCCGCUUUUUUGAAGCCGCUGACUAUUUUGUCGUGACUGACUCUACUGGUCUUCAAAUCUUUAAGCACGGCGAAAAGAAUGCAGUCUCGACUUUGCUUCCAAAUCAAGCUGCUGUAGCCGAUCUCGACUGGCACCCGACGCUCCAUUUGUGCUGCUCAGCGAAUCAGGAUGGCGCAAUCUCGCUUUGGAACAUGGAGAGAACUUACAAAUGA